AGCCCAAUCUUGGACGUAGAGAGAGGGAGAGAGAGGGAAGAGAUAAAUGAUGCUCAGGUCCGUGCCGUUCUUACCUGCCGUCGUUCACGACAUAUUGUUGUGCUUCUCGCCUUUGUGUGUUCUCUGUCAGAUUCUCUUGCCCAGAGCGCAUCGUGAUCUGUUGUUUGCCGAGUCUUCAGAGUUCUGAAUCUGCAUUGAUAAACGGUAUGAGCAGACCCAUGACUGAAGAAGACCUCACAUUUGACCCAGAUCCCCCUCCUUCUGAGGGCUUCGUUCGCAUCACCAGCCAUGCAAAUGCAGCGGAGGCGUCCUCCAUUGACGGUCCACGUCGCGUUCCGAGCGAACCAUCAGCUGUAGGCGACGGCGAAAACCAUCUAGAGGAGCCUGCGGCAAUGAGAAGCUCAACCGCGGUGAAAAACCUGGGUACUCUUGGCCUGCCACUUGGAUCUGAUCAUAACAAGGAUCGUGAACCAAGUGAGGCCACAGAAGCCCAGUUUGUUAUUGGAUGCACAUUUUGUCGGCGACCCCAAGCAGGUUUCACGGAGAAGUUCAAAGUUUGCUCCCGAUGCAAAUUUAGCAAUCCGUUCAUGUUGUACUGCAGCAAGGAAUGCCAGCGGAACGAUUGGUCGCGACACAAGAAGAUAUGUGGUAUCUCUAUCGACCGUUCUACCCAAAGACCUGUUCAAGUGAUGCCAGCACGCAUGACAAACUAUCAGUGGGAAAUGCCCAGUGGUCCCGUCGCGUCAUUUCACAACAUCCUAGUUCAGCAUCAGAACGAAGAACUUACGUACAAGCUUGUCAUUGAUGCGUACCGCUUGCUGGACGAGGCAAAACGAAACUACAACCCCUCUUUCUUCGAUCUCCAGGCUUUCUUCCGCUGGCUCGACGGCUACUCAUUUGAAGGGCUGCAGCAGUUUCUGAGCAAAACUCUAGAUGAUGACAUUAAGACCAAAUUCAUGCCAGACUGGUGGAAUGAGGAACAUCGAGAUGUAUGCGAACGGUACGCAAAAGAAAAGUAUCAUUGGAGCGAUAUUGAUACAAACGUACCACGCGAAAUCAAUGAUUUCCAUCGAUAUGGCGGACCUGCAGUGCGCCUGCCUCUCCGACUUGUGGCGAGCAAAAUCCACGAGCCCAUCACGGAUGUAAACCUUCUCCAUGUUUUAGACGGACUCAACGCACUAGACUACAUGGCACUUAUUGGCGAAACAACGUGGAUAUAAUUUCUGGAAAACGGCUAUAUCUAAUCCUGACAGCCUAUCACUCAAGACUUAAACCACUCCUAUUGCGACUGUUUGUUCUUGGGCGCUUUUUCAUAUUCUUUAUUUGGCAUUCGACAACAUA